UACAGAUCAGCGUAGUCGGCACUACUUUUGUUGCGUUGCGAGCCUCUAUAGCCCAAUAGGAAUAAGUUCAGCCCGAACUAAAUAUUGAGCAGCUAAAAGCCCAAUAUAUUAUUAAGCGGCAUCGUUUGGGUCUCUCUCAAUGGGGUUGCCCUAAACAGCCAUGAGUAUAUAAAUUAUGUUUUCAUCCCUCUUUCCUUCAAUCUCAGUUUCUUUGAUCUAGGAUCUAUGGUUGUGUUUGAAAGCUUCGUUAUUUUUUAGUUUUUUUUACUUAUAUAAUCUCUGGUGUCAUCUACAAAGCAAAAUAGGCUAUAAUUUUGUAUCGAUUUUGUGUCGGAAGAUGACAAUAUCAGUUCAUUCAACCUCCAUGACAUUAUCUUCAUGGAAGUCUUUCUCUUCCAUGGAGUAGUUCUUUGGAGGAAACACUAUUACAUUUUAUCAUAAUUGUUUUUCCAUAUGUUUUGUGCUAGUCUAUGUCGGAGAAUCUAAGUUUAAAGUCAUCUAUAAAGCAAAUAGGUUAUAUCUCUGUACCAAAUUUGUGUCGGAAGAUGACAAGAUUGAAUCUGAACCUCCGUUACAAUUUUUCGUCAUGGAAAUCUUCUAUUCCAUGGAGUUGGUAUAUGGAGGUUCAUAUUAAUUAAUCUGAUAUUCUGAAUGUGCUGGCUGUUGGAUAAUUAUAUAUUUUGUUUUGGAAUUGUCUGAUCUCAGCUGUGAAGCAACAACUACUUUGUAAAGACAAACUAUAGUUACAACGCAGUAACAAAAGUUGCAAAGCUUAUCAUCACUAUAUAAUAUGUUAGAUUUGAACCUGCAAGGCGUAAACAUCAGCCUCAAACUGAGCUAUGAAUCUGGACACGAAUUUGCUUGAUUUCCAGUUUAGCUUUAAUUAACCCUCUAAUAGAUACAAGCUACAGUUUCAUAAACCAAACAUUUGAUUAAAACGAAACUGUUUACGAAUCAAUUGACAACACAACAAAUAAAUGAACUAUGUACAACAUUGCUAUUCAUUAAAUUCUUUGAACCAAUUACACCCAAAAAUGGGCCGGUCUUAACUAUAAGCUCACUUAGUUAAAUCUCUGCUGUGUUUUUUUUUCUCUUCGGCCCACAUUGCUUUUUUUUAAUGUAUAAUUGGUUCUGAUUAGGUCAAAUCGAAUAUUCCUUUUUGUACAGAUACUCGUAACAUUCUUAUCACGUAUGUAUAUUUUUGGAUUACAAUGUUACGUGUAUAUUAAUUAUUUAUAGUGAAACAUGAUUGGAGAAACCAUGACGCGGGGGAAAAGUAAACAAACACGGACCCCGGAGACAGAAAUGCGACCCAGCCCCGAGUCGCACACGCCUUGGUCCAAAGUCUUUCGUUUACUCGGUUUUUUACACGGCGGUCUAAAAAAUCACUGUAUAAUCGAUUUUUAUUUCAAUAAUGACUAUUUCUUAUUCACACAUUGAGUCUCACAUACGUUCUCCAGUCGAGUCCAAUUCAAAUACAUAACGCUUUUGUAGUUUGUUAUUUUGUACUAUACGUUAUACUCAUACUGAACGUAACUAUUCAAAAUACCUCGAGCUAAUUAGUAGUAUUGACAACUGAUGUAAUAAAAACCUAAAGUAUGCAUUUAGUUAAGGGAAAACACGCGUGAUCUAUAGGUUAUUAUAAUACUGUAAUGGUUCUUGGUAUGAUCUAAUUACUAAUCUUUCUUAAUUUUAUUUAAAUGAAAAUAAUAUAGUAAUUAAAAAACAGCUGAAAAGCGUCACAAAUCAGGACCUAGAAUACGAAUUGCAAAGAUUUCAACGGUCAACAUUCCAAUACAGUUCACAAAGAUUAAUCAAAGUUUUCCAUUUCAUACCUUUUCAUCUUUCAAGCUUAUACAACCUCUUUGACCACGUCCUCCUAUCUAUAUAUAUUAUAUAUAACUACCAAACCCAUACAUGCAUGUAUAUAAUAAACACGUAAAGAAUCACCUUUAUUUUAUAUAAACAUCACAUAUUGUUUAGGAAACCAAAGAAAGAAAGAAGAAGAGAUUAUGGUGUUACCAUGGAGAUCAAGAGGAGGAAGAAGAGCAGAGAGACGUAACCUAUCGACUUCCGGCGAUACCUCUGUCGUGAAAAUUAAAGUCCCGGCUCAACUCCGAUCAUCAAAAAUCGAGCUGGUUCAGUCACCGCGCGCGCCGUUGACACCGCGUGAUGCGGUUGAGAUAUGCCGGAGACUUGAAAACGCGACGGCUCGCGAGGAAAAUGCAGAGUGUUUGGAGAUUGUUAGUAAAAUCAAGAACUUGGUAAGAGACAACGGAGAGACGAACAAGAAGUGUCUGCUCCAAUACGGCGUCGUUUCGGAGUUAACUUCUUGCUUCCAAAGAUUCGCGUCGACGCGCGAGGAACACGCGCCUCUCUUAGAGGAAGUCUUGUCUGUUAUAACUUCUUGGUUGCCUCUGAAUCGAACAGAGGGUUUCUCCAAGAUGGGAUCAACUGCUUCCCUCAAAACUCUCGUGCGGUUCUUGAACGCUCCAGACGCUAAAACGAGGCAAAACGCUGUGUUUUGCAUCAGAGAGGUUAUUGCAAUAGACAAGAGGUUUGUCUACGCCUUAACAGACAUCGAAGGAGCUUGCGAAGGAUUAAUAAAAAUCAUCAAAGACUCUGUCUCUACAAGCUCGACGAAAGCAUCUAUAAUGGCAAUAUAUAGAAUCAUCUCAUGUGACAACAAGACCGUUUCAAAACUCGUGAACUUGGGUUUGGUCGCAUUGAUCGCAGAAAUGAUCGUGAACAAUGCGGAAAAGAGCGUUUGCGAGAGAUGUCUCGUGGUUCUAAACGUCGUAUGCGACAACGAGCAAAGCAGAGAAGACGUUCUUGGAAACGCUUUGAUCGUUCCUCUACUAGUGAAGAAGAUCCUACGCGUUUCGGAUCUCGCAACGCAAUGCUCAGUCUCUAUUCUCUGGAAGCUAUGGAGAAAGAACAAUGAUCAUCUAUUAGUUGAAGCUCUUCAAGUUGGUGCAUUCGAGAAACUCUUAGUGGUUUUACAAGUCGGGUGCGAGGAGAAGACUAAAGAGAGAGCUAGCGAGCUGUUGCGGAACUUAAACCGAUGUAGAAACGAGAUGGAGAACACAAACUGUGUCGAUUCUUCUAUGCAUUUGAAGAACGUGAAGAAAUCAUUUUAAAUCAAACAAACAACACACAACAAAAUUCUUUUGUAUUUAGUUAUUUACUCUGUUCUUGAAAGUUGUCUGAAUCAUAUUAUGUUUCAACGGUCAGAUACAGUUUUUGUC